AAGGUUUUGCCUUAGUCUCUGCCCGACUCCGCUGCGGACGAUACAGAGGCCAAUAAGUCAAGACGAGAGACAGAGAAGGAGAGAUCGGUGGUUGGUGGUGAUAGAUAGAUCAAAAUGGGCGCGAUAAAGGCGGCAAUCGGAGAUGCAGUGCUGACAUUCAUGUGGGUUUUCAGCGCAUCCACGCUUGGGGCAGCGACUACGGUGACAGCCAGAGCCCUUGGAAUUGAAGGUCUGGUGUGGCCUUCUGUCUUCAUCACUACCGUGCUUUUAUUUUUUCUCGUCUUCGUCUUCACCUUGAUCGGUGAUGCCUUGGGUGGGGCCAGCUUCAACCCCACCGGCACAGCCUCCUUUUACGCUGCCGGCCUGGGUCCCGACACCCUCUUCUCCAUGGCCCUACGCUUUCCUGCUCAGGCAGCCGGUGCUGUGGGUGGUGCUCUGGCAAUCAUGGAAGUGAUGCCGAAGCACUACAAGCACAUGCUUGGUGGGCCUUCUCUCAAAGUUGACUUGCAUACUGGAGCCAUUGCGGAGGGGGUGUUGACUUUCCUCAUUAGCUUUGCUGUCCUUUUAAUCGUACUCAGGGGUCCUCGUAGCCCUAUACUGAAGACAUGGUUACUUGCGAUGGCGACAGUGGCAUUAGUCAUUUCGGGUUCUAAUUACACUGGACCUUCCAUGAAUCCUGCCAAUGCCUUUGGUUGGGCAUAUGUCAACAACUGGCACAACACAUGGGAGCAGUUUUAUGUCUACUGGAUCUGCCCCUUCAUUGGAGCAAUAUUGGCUGCUUGGGUCUUCCGGGUUCUCUUUCCCCCAACCCCAGCGAAACAGAAGAAAGCCUGAAGAGGCACAAUAUCUUAUCUGCUCGUCCAUUUAGUAAAUAAGCUUGCUGUUGGUAAUAGUGGUCUUUCUUGUUUUACUUUUUUUACUAGCAAGUAUUGGGACUCUCUUCAGCUUAUGGAUCAAUAAUAUAUAACCUGUCAAGAAAUGAAUAUUUGCAGCCCGUAUGCAAGGUUUGCCAAUUGACUGGUCCAUUUUUGUUG